UCAAUAAAGAGAAUCGAUAGAGGAGAAAAUAGUAAAGGGACGAGUAAUUGGCGAAUAACAUAAGACAAUAGGAAGGAAUAGGUGGAAGCUGUUUAAUUCGUCCGGCGGAUGGAUAUGUUUGUAUUUACAAUGAGCACGCGGUGUGCGAAAUGAUGCCUCCAAGUCUGAUUUGCAGACUUGACUAACGGCUGCUUUGAUGGCGAUGUGCAGCUAGAGUGAAAAUAUGGAGAAGCAGGGUCGGUGAUUUCUCCUAAAAGAUCCUUCCCAGUCCCUGAAUCCCGAACCCUUUGCCCGAGCGCCCUGGCUGUAGAAAAAUGGUAUGAUGGACCAUGAAGGUGAAGUCGCUAUCAACUUAUCUACCAAUCAAACACCAAGAACCCCAACAACACCCAAUGGCAACUCAGCGGGCGAAGAAGCCGAACAACAUGUUUCCCCCACCCAAGGAACCAAGAGGUCCAGGUCAGCCAGCGACAGUGCAGCUACUGUACCGUCGUUAUUGAUGAUGAACUCGCAACUGCUAGCUCAGCAGCUCCUGCAACAGCCUCUUCCUUCACCAGCCCAACUCCAGCAACUUUUGCAGCAACAACAAUCUAUAUUUUUACAACAGCAGCAGCAGCAGCAACAACAACAUCAACAAUUAAAGCAGUUAGAAUCAGUAAUUCCCCAUCUUCAAGAACAGCUUCAAUUAAAUAUGGUGCAGCAAAGUCAAAUCCUUCAACAGUUGAAUAAUACAAGUAACGUUUCCGUCAAUGAUAAAGCAAAGAAUAACAGGCAGCAACUUCAGAUGCAAUUGCAGCAGCUUGCUUUACAACAACAUCAACUAAUGCAACAAUUGCAGUUGAGUCAUCGUCAAUAUUUAUUAGGUCUUCAGCCCUUUGUCUUACCUCAGGGUUUAGCAGCCAGUGAUUUGCAAACCAUUUGGAAGGAUGGAGGUGGGAGCAUAGAUGAAAAUGCUAUUAAAGCAGGACUGAAUGGUUUGAUGCAUUCAUCUGCGUCUGUUGUUAUGGGUAAUCAGAGUAGCACCAGCACAUCGCAUCAUAUUCUCAAUGGACAGCAAGAAAAUUAUUCCCUAUCACCCGUGUCUUCGUCAUCAUCUCACAGUUCUGUUUUAAUGAGUAAAGAAGAAAGUAGUAGUGCUUCCAGUUCGCCAACCCAUCCCCUUUAUGGUCACGGUGUCUGCAAAUGGCCAGGAUGUGAAAAUAUUUGUGAUGAUUAUCAGUCCUUUAUGAAGCAUUUAAAUACAGAACAUCAGUUAGAUGAUCGAAGUACUGCCCAGGCAAGAGUCCAAAUGCAGGUUGUGUCACAGCUAGAAUUACAGUUAGCUAAAGAAAGAGAACGCCUUCAAGCUAUGAUGCAACAUCUUCAUAUGAAACCACCUUUAUCUUCUUCCAGUACAACUCCUCCUUCCAAAACAGAAACAAAUCUGGCUACAGUCUCCAAAGCUCCUCCGUCCCCACAGUUAACACCACUUCCCCUCAGUACAUCUCCUUCUUCAUUGUCUGUUGUCAUGACGACAAUGUCAACGUCUACUCCUCUGAUGACUGUACCCCCUCGGUUAGUGCCACCUCUUCCACAAGUCCUACAUCCUCCAACACCUUCGAAUGCUGGUCCACUCCGGCGACGUCUUAGUGACAAAAAUUGUCCCUCUCUUGCAAGUAUAGAUGUGCCAGUCCUGCCAGAUUCUCCCAUUCGUAGACGCGUUGUAGAAAGAGCAAAUCUUGAUAUUACUGAAGAUACUUCAUUUGUCAAUUAUGAAAAUUUUAAUCUGAUUUUAAAACGGUUUAACCGAAUACAGAGACGUGAGAAAGAAAUAUCCUGUGAUUAUUUUAAUGCAGUUCGGCACAACCUAAGUCUACACAAAUGUUUUACUCGUGUUGAGAAUGUAAAGGGGGCAGUCUGGACUGUUGACGAGCUUGAAUUCUACAAACGUCGCCCCCAACGUCUCCAGGACCGAAUUUCAGGUGGUUUACAGCUUUCAUCUCAAACUCCAUCAUUAGUUCAGGGCCAGUCACAAGGACAGAUAAGAAGUCCGCCAUUGCAACAAAGUCCUGGCCUUUAUGGUGAAAGUUUGAAUGCGUCAUUACAAGUAAGUUUAAAAAU